UACGGUUUAGCCUAUGUCUUGAUAAAAACAAGCUGCAGUCAGCCAUAAAAUGUCCUGAUGUGUUUAUUUCACUUUCAUUAAAUUUUUCCAUAUUCUCUCAGUGUAUCUGAAGAUUAAGGUAAGUAAAAUGGUGUCCAGGUACAGCCACCAAGAGCCCAGUGAAAUUAACCGUAAAGUCUCUUACUCAACCGAGAAGUACAUUGUGACCAAACUAAUAGAUGAACAGAUCAGGUCCAGCCACUACCUCGCAGAGACUGAAUACACUGGGGAUUUGUUUGAACCUCUGGUCAUUUUAGAAUUUAAUGAAUCCACUAACCAGGCCGCACAGGAAUGGCUGACUGCCAAACUGCAGGCACAAAAGUCACAAGGAGGAGCGGAGCUUAUAGUGAAGACAAAUUACAGGGAUGACAAUAAGGAGACCAUCUUGUUCAUUGGCUCCUCUCUGGUGAGGCUACUGAUGGGUGCAGAGGAAAUCAAGAUCAACAAAAAAUACAAAGAUGGAUCCCUGAGAGAGCUGCUCGUCACAGAUAUAUUGAACUAUGAAUAUACAGAUGACCUGACCAGGUUUUUAACCAAAGCUGAGAAACAUCGGGUCAUACUGAAGGCUAUAGAGAGCAUGAGGGCAGAGGCAGACGAGACCUUCAUCCCCGGCUAUCCCAAGUACACACUUUACCCUGGCAAGAGCAUCAUCAAAAAGUACUUGAGUCGUCACAUCAUCAAGAGUUUGUUCCCUUUACACGAGGAAGAGAAACUGAAAAGAUUAGGCAACUCUUGGUACACACUCAGAAAUUAUUUCAGUCCUCAACCACUGGAACAAAUUGAAGAAUAUUUUGGUGUGAAGAUAGCCCUGUACUUCUCUUUCCUUGGCCUGUACACCAUCUCCCUCAUCCCACCUGCACUCAUCGGGGUCAUCUACUUCUUCUUCCCCUGGCACAGCGUGUACCGCGAGGCCACGUUUGCCGUCUUCAACCUGAUCUGGUCCACAGUGUUCCUGGAGGGCUGGAAGAGGUACUGCAACUCCCUGUGCUACCAGUGGGGCACAGUCAGCAGUGGCAUGAGCACUUCCAGAUUCGAGGAACCAAGGGCAGACUACUACGGAACUAUGAGCCAGAACCCUGUCACAGGCGAGCCAGAGCCUUCUUACCCCAAGUGGAAGAGGGUUCUCAAGUUUUAUUUCGUCACCAUCCCCGUCAUCACCUUUUGCCUGACCUUGGCAUUCUUCGUAAUGUUGACCUACUUCUGGGCUGACUUCUGGAUGAAGAAAAAUGUGCCUGAAAAUCCGGGGGUGUUGUCCAAGUUGGCCAGCUUCCUGCCCACUGUGGGCUAUGCUGUGUCUAUUGGAAUACUCAAUGGUGUCUACAGAAUAAUCGCGGCUAAGCUAAAUAAGUUUGAAAAUCACAAGCUCCAGUCAACUUUUGAGAAUCAUUUGAUUGUCAAACAGAUACUGUUUGACUUUGUGAAUUGCUUUAUUUGUCUCUUCUAUGUGGCCUUCUAUCUACAAGACAGGGCCCUGCUCAAAAAUUUUCUGGGCACCAUCCUGAUCACCCAACAGAUAGUAGGACAGAUAGGAGAAGCCAUGAUCCCAUUCUUCUUCAUGCGGCGCAGACAGAAACAGGUAGACGAGGCGCUACAGAAGGCCCGUCUGUCUUCUACCAGCAGAGACACAGAGGACAGCGACAUACCCAAGCACUACAAGAAGCAGGCAGCGCUAGAGUCUUCUAUGGACAAGUUCUUGGGGUCAAACUCUGAGUACCUGGAGCUAUACAUCCAGUUUGGCUAUGUCUACCUCUUCUCAUCAGCAUUUCCCCUGGCCGCCCUGUGGGCACUCAUCAACAACUUCAUUGAGAUACGCACCGACGCCUUCAAAUUUUGUCGCAUCUUUCAACGUCCUUUUGCCCAGACUGCCAGAAGUAUUGGCGCGUGGCAGCCAGCCUUUGAGGUGAUUGGCCUGAUCUCUGUGAUCACCAACUGUGCGCUGAUAGGCAUGGACCCAGAGAUCCAGAAGCUUCUGCCCUCCAACAUUUCACCCGUCAACAUGGUUCUGCUCUUUGUAGCUGCAGAGCACAUGGUGUUUGCCAUCAAGGCCAGCCUAGCCUUCAUGAUUCCAGACAUGCCCAAGUGGAUCAGUCUGAAGAUAGCCCAGCAGGAGCACGCUGCCAAGAUGGCACUCAAGAAUAAGAGAUAUAAAGCAAACAUGGCCAAUAACUUUAGACUCUUGAUGAGACAGACUGAGGCAGCUAGCAAGCGCAAGAUGCUGAUAGAGCAAAUCCUCAACAAGCGUGCCCACGGCUCCCCCCACACCGCACACCUCCAGCCCCCAUCUGACGAGGAGGACAAUACAGAGGACAAUACAGAGGACAAUACAGAGGAAUCUUUCACCCCCAAAGUUGACCUCAACUUCCCUCAAAGUGACAGCGGCACUGUAGUUUAGGGUUGUACUGGGGGACAGUGGCACUGUAGUUUAGGGUUGUA